UUUUGUCCUAAACAGGCGAUAUCAAAAGAUGUUUUGAUAUCGAAAGAAGGCAGGACAAAGUUUCUUGCAAUCUCCUAUAAUCUACGGUUCCUUUUUUAACGCCAACUUCAUUAUUUCAAAGACGAGACGACGAUUAUCAAUGAGUAAUGAACGGAGCAGUCAAAUUACAAAACAACGGGGAGCUGGAAACUGUCUCCAGCUUCAAUCCGAAGGAAGAGUUUGAGAAGCGGCGAUGGGUUCUCAUUACAAAUGUCCCAGAUGGCGUCGAUUUAGAGGAUUUGAAGACAAAUUUCCUUCAAGGCUUUGACGUUAUUGAUUUAAGAAUAGAAAAGAACUCAGCUCAUGUUCUUCUUGGAGCACCUGAGCAGGCUGUCACUGCCAUUAACUCACUCAAUAGGCAAAGUUUUCAUGGCUGUGUCCUUGGUGUCUCUCUUGCUCCACCAGACAGUCUGUUGUUUGUCGGUAAUUUGCCAUUUGAGUUUAAAGAGGAACAGUUUAGGAGCCUAAUGAGCCCAUUUGGACCCAUAGAAAGAAUAUUCCUUGUGCGGAGCAUGUUUACGGGAGAAAGUAAAGGUUAUGGUUUUGUGGAUUAUGUCACACGCGAGUCAGCUUGUCUUGCCAAACAACAGUUGAUGAAUACAGGGUCAAAAUAUGUUGGAGGACGAAUAUUAAGGGUGAACUUUGCUGAGCCAAAUCUGUUAACUUAUGAAGAUUUACAUUCCAAGACUCUGUUUGUGGACAGACUUCCUAGAGACUUCACUAAUGGAGAAGUUUUAAAGGAGUUAUUCAGUCAGAGUGGAUCAGUAACAUUUGCACAGGUUGCAGUGAAUCCUCAAACAGGCAUAUCUAGGGGAUUUGCCUUUGUUGAUUAUGGAACAGCAGAAGAGGCAGAACGUGGACAGAAGGCACACAAUGGGGCGCUGUUAGAAGGCACAAAUAUCCGUGUGGCUUAUGGAACUCCAGGAAGAACUGGUGCAAGCAUUCUUGGAGGGCAGAACACCAAUGUGGGAGGCCAGUCAUCAUUUGGCACUCGUCCUAGGGGCCCUGCUCCUCAUGCACCCCAAGGCCUUGAUAUGAUGGCUGCCAGGGGCCCCCGCCCCCUCAUGGCUCCACGUCCACUUAUGGGUUCAGAGCCUUGGCAACAAAUGCCACGAGGACAUCCUGGAAGAUCACCUAGACCUCUCAGACCAGGUCUUACAGGUCCAAGGUUCGCUGCAGGUCGGCCCAGGGGACCUGGACCAGGAGGUGCUAGAGGAUCCCCUUUUGGUCAUGCACCUAGGCCCCUCAUGGGCCGUCCCCCUGGAGCAAGGCCCAUGAUGAGACAUCCAGCAGGUCCCAGGGGCUUUGCUGGUAUGGGUGUGGGAGGUCCUCCAGGGGUGAGACCUGUGGCACCCCGAGGGGUACCCCUGCAACCACGCCCUUUGAUGGACUUUGGGGAACAGCCUGAUGGGACAGUUUUGCCCCCAGAACAGAUGCAGUCAGGGCCAGUGGGUCUUGAUCCUUCCCAGCAACACAUAGGUGAGACACCCAUCCCUGCCCUGAUGGGUGAGCCUAUGGGAGGGGGUAUCAUUCCCCCUGCUGCUGAACCAGGAGUGUUUGGCCCAAUGGGUGUGCAGCCUAUGCUACAGCAACAGGAGGUGUUGGUUCCUGCUCCACCUCAGCAGCAGCAACAGCAGCAGCAGCAAGGAAUGUUAGUGCCAUCUCCGCUGCUGGGUCCAAGAUCAGCUGUGCCCCAGUUGAUGCAACUUCAGACAGCACCAAGUGCCCCUGUCCCAGCAUACCCAGGCACCAUGCAAAUAACUCAAUCACAAGUGGCUUUAAUGCCACAGUCUACCCAGCAACCCAUCAUGGUACCCGCUCAGCAGGUUCCAAACAAUCAACCAGUGAUGUAUGCUGCACCCAGUGCUCUACCAGCGCAGACUAUGGUCCCUCAGGUAUUACACCCUGAUCCAGCCCCACUGAUGGCAACUCCAGGAACAGUCAUAGCAGGCCAAACUGAUCCUAAUACAGUGCAGUAUAGCUCCCCAGGGGUACAGCAGAUUGCUCAAGGUGACCCUACCCCAAGUGGAGCUGCAAAUUCUGGAUAUGUUGUACUUCCUGCAGAUGCAACGCAACAAACCACACUUUAUGCACCGCAGGAAACCCAAUCUUAUACUCUGCCUCAAUCUGUGCCAGGGCUGACAACACAACAACCCAUGGUUCAGCUACCUAUGGGUAGUGUUCAACCAACUGCCAUCAUUCAGCCACAGGUUUCCACAUCUCAGCCUUCCUCCAUCCCUGCAGUAGCUCCCCCAGCACCUCAAUAUCAGUGGUAUCAACAGAUGCCUCCAGCAGUGGGUAGUGUGGCAGUGUCUACUCCUCAAGCUCAAACCGCACCUUUACAAGCAACAUCUGUGGGUGGCAUCCAAUGGGGUCAGGCUGAACAGGCAUCCCAACCUUUAAUGACUGUCUCAAGUAGUGGCAUGUAUGGCCAGUUCCAAACAACACAGCAAUACCAACCACAACAGGCAGUGACACCAGGUUCAGAAGCUAUGGUGUAUUACCAACAACCACAGUUACAACAACUUCAGCAGCCACAGGCACCCCAGCAACAGCAACCUGUGCCUCUGAUGCAGCCUCUGCCUCAGCAACAACAGCAGCUUCUCCAGCCACAGCCACAGCCUCAGCCACAGCAGCCAGGUGCAGUUUACCCAGGGCAGAUGGACAUGUCAGGAGCAGGUCAGCCAGGUUAUCCAUCAGUGGCUGGGCACAGUACUGAACAGGCUGUAUACCCAAGUGCAAGUGUAGCUCCCCAACAUUCAGCUCCUCCAGUUGUCUACAGCAGUCAACAGCAGUCACAACUGGGUGCUCACCCACAGCUUGGUCAAAAGAGAGCUGCUGAAGGAGAAACGGGGCAGUUUGCUCUGCAGGGACCUCCUAGUUACUAUGACAGCAACAAGCGACUGCGGUACUGACAUCCUGAAAGGGCAGCAGCGGGUGUUGUGGUGAAGUGUUUUUGAACGCUGAUGAUAAUGAUGAUGAUGAUAUGAUAAUAAUUUUGUUCAUGAACAUGCUAAGUAUUAUAAUUAAUUACAUGUACUAAUUACCCAUUUCCAACACCAAACCUUCUCAUUCAUUCAAAGUCAGGUAUAAAACCUCUAGCAUGAAAAUUAAGUUUUUGUAUUAGCAAUAGGUACAUUUUCCUAUCAAGAACUUUACUUGGCUCUUGCUUUGAACAGAGGCCUCUGGCAUCUUGGAAAUGGCCUAGGAAUUUUUGAGAUCAUGAAAAUUUAAGCAUUUGUCUGGUACCAGCCAUAACUAAGAUCAUGGCGAUAAAGAGUUUUAAUUGCCUCAACCCAGCUAUUCAAGGUGGGGGGCUACUUUGCCUAAAGCUCCUACUUAAGUUUAUACGUUUUUCUCGUAAUCAAACGAAUGUUUCAUCAUUAAGAAAGAAGUACAUGUAACACAUACAUGUAGAUAUAGAUUUGAGGAGUUGAGAUCCUGAUAGCAAUUAACAUGCAGCACUGACCCUCAUGCAAAAACUAAGGGCUAAUUGAAUCAUAACGUGGGAAAGUUUUCAGUAAAUCGGAGGAUUCAAUAAUUAACUUUAUCCAUAAGUGGCUACUGAUAGUGUGUUGGGCAGCUGUGCCGAAUGAUGAAACCUACGACAGCCUGCCUUCAGGCUAAACAGGCAGGCGUGAGAAGUCUUAGACCGCUUGGUAGACCGCUUAGUAGACCGCUUGGUAGACCGCUUGGUAGACCGCUUGGUAGACCGCUUUCAUUGAAACCCCUGCUACCGCUUAUGUAAAGUGUAUACUUUGAUGUGUUCCAUUGCACAUUUUAACUUGGAGCCAUAAAACCAAAGCCAAAGUAGUCAAAACAACCAUUCAUAACUAAAGAAAAUAUAACAAGGAGCUAAAGAGAACUUAGCGUAAACAUCAUGAUUAGUUUCGUAAAAUAGGUUGUGGUUUAGUGCUUCGCUUAGGGACGAGAGUUUCUUCGCCCGCAGGAAAGUGUGAGAGCUUGAGUAACGCGAGCUGUACCGAGGUCUGCAAGGGGUCUGGCACUAUAAUUGAGUUAGUGCCAAUCCCCCCGACGAACCUUUGUUCGACUCGUCUCAAAUCUUCCCGCACGUAGAGGAACGACCGUCCUGGAGCGCCAAUGAUCAGGGCUUGUGUGCAGAUUUGAAAAUGUGACUACUUUUCCUUUGCAUUUGAUUGGUUGGGGAGAUAGCCAAAGUUUUGUGGACCAAUCGCAGAGCAUUCCUUAGUAAAGCAAAUGCAACCCAUGAUUAUUUGCCUCACUAUAUUGAAAAUUAUUUUAUGAUAUUGAUGAGCUGACACUUGAAAGUACAUGUACAAACGGUUUAAUAUAUGUUCUUAUAUUUUACAAUUGUCAUAUACCAGGAAUUUAAUAGCCAGAUGUUGUGGUUUGAUUUUCUCCUCGCUUUACAAUACCCCAAAACAAAUGCUUGUAAAAAUUUUUUACACAUUUUUAUGUCCUUAUGAAAGAAAACUUGUUGUAUGCGAUAAAGAGUAUAGUGAACUUAGUGAGGUUGUCGUGAAGUAUUUAAAAUAAGUAAGAAUUAAAUAUAGUUACUGCCACCUUAUGAAAUAGUUUGUAGUAUAUUUUAAUGUUUCAAAAGAGAAAUGUAAUUGUUUGUCUCACGUUGUGGCCACUUCGGAUGUGGAUUGCGACUUGUCAACUGCAUACUGCUAAUCUUCUUCAGGCGAUUGGGUCGAUUGAAUACGUGUCAGUUGUAUGCUGUAGUGCUCAGCUGUGAUUGGAUGAAAUUAUACGGCUGCGAUUGGUGCAUCUUCGGAUCAGGUUCCUUACCGCAUGGCUCUCCUGCUCUCGCGGAAGACUAGCAGUAUGCAGUCGAAACAUCGCCAUCUAAAUCCGAAGAGACCACAUCGUAAGACAAACGAUUACAAUUCUUUUUUCAAAGUAUCAUUUACGACGAUGACUACCGAACCGAUUUUACGGUAUACUAGUGUUAUUAAAAUAAGUUAACUUUUGUGCACGCAGCGGCCUGGAUAAUUGCGCACUGAACUUCGGAAUGAGAAGUCUAGGUUUGAUCCCAGGCCGUCAUUGUUUUGUGUGCCAGGGCAAGAGUUAACCUUUCAACUCCUAGUAGUGAUUAACAUGUAACUUCUCCCUAUAAUAUCCAUAAAUUAUUCAAGCUUA